CAGCGCGCAGAGGUCAACAUUGGGGUUCAGUGAUUUCAGCAGUUUGAGGAACAGUCGUUGCUGAGUUCCGAUUUUUAUUUAUGUAAUCCAGCUAAAAAUUACUUGCAUACUUUUGUUAUAUAGUGUAUUGAUUAAGAUUAAACCCAUGAAUAGUGGAAGAUAUAAUCAGGCUCGUGGUAGUUAUCACCAUGGACAGCGUAAUCGCCAAGGCUCAGCGUCACGGAGAGGCCAACAACAACAAGCGUCUCUUGGGUUUCGGUCUCCGCCGCCUGGAAUGAUGAUGGGUUCACCGCCGUGGGAUUACAGUCCUUCCCCGCGUGGAACUCGAGGCGGCCAUAUGAGCCGUCCAAGUCCAAGGUACAGAGGACCAUCUCCAUGUGGCUAUAAUCAACGUAACUCACCCUACAACUCCCCAUAUUCACCUCAGUCUCAAUUCCCCUCUCCAAAUCAUCCAAACUUCUCACCACGUGGUUUCCACACAUCCAGUCCACUGUACGGGUCCCCAGGUCGUCAGGGACAUGGAAGAGUACAUAGUCGUAGGGGAUGGAACCAAAAUAAGGGACGAGGGAGUAAUAAAGGUAGUUGGAACAGCAAUGACAUCAGUAUUUACUACAGUCCAGCCAUGGUUAUAGAUCCUUGGAAAGAACUGGAAAACCUUCACAUAAGCAGUUGCAGAGAAAAAGCAUCUGACAAAGACAAUGAAACAUAGAAUGACACACUCGACUGAAGGAUGAAACUGAUGAUCACAGAUUCCGGAGAGAACCGAGGUAACUGAUAAUGAAAUUGUGAGGCCUAGAGGAAAGAAGUGGGCUACAGUAGGCCACCAAGAAUGGAAAGAGCAGUAAGGCCUAUAGAAAAUGACCCAAGAAACUUCCCUGGGGUAUGCAUAUGGUAGCUGCAUAUUGUAGGCUAUAGAGAACAAAUGAUUCAGGACAGGUUGAAGAUUGAGACAAAAGGAAGGAUAAUGCAGUGGAUUACUGAUCUUUUAUCUGGGGGAUAAUUACAAACCAAUCUGAUAUAUUUCAGAAACCAUAAAUUAAUGAUGCCUCAGUCAUUCAAAACGAUUUGAAAAUUUUCAAGGGUAACUUGAUGAUAAACUGCAUUUUGGAACAGGCCAAACUAUUUUUUAAACAUUAAAAUAAUAACCUGCCGGACAGGUUUAUUGCAGUAAUUAAUUGAAAAGAAAAACCCACUUUAUAUGACAAUAUCCCAAGGAGCGAGUUGGAUUGCAUAUUGUACUUUCUGUUUGAACACUUAAUUUUAAACAUCCGUUAAUUUGUUUAAUUUCUGAAUUUUAUGAGUAAUUCCAGAUGGGAAUGAUUUAAAUCUUUAAAUAAAAUUUCAUUUUUAUGGUGUUGUACAAGUACAAGUAGUGAUUUUAUCUCCUGUAUACCUUUUUAAAUAUUUAGAUGUCAGUGUCUGUUUUUAGAUCAUAACAUUAUUAAUGAUGGAAAAUUAUUUCUAUAUUUAGAUCAUUACAUCAUUAGUAAUUAUAGAAUUAUUAUUAUUAUUUUUUUAUUUAUUUUAAGGUAAGUAUUUGUAAACAGGUGUUACUCGUGGCAUUUUAUAUCAUCCUUUUUACCACGGUUUAAAAUGUUAUCGAAAGAAUGAUUAUGUAUUGAAUGUGCUUUCAAUACAUCAUUACAAUUUUUAACAAAUCUUAUAUAUUAACAUUAAUUAAUCAUAUUUACAAACUCAUUAAUUGUAUAGAGAAUUAAUUUUAACCAUAUUUUCAAAUAUUUUUGUACAAAAAAACCAAUUGAAAUUCAUAUUCUUUUGUUAAAAAAAAAUAAUUUGAGCAGCAAUCCUCUAAACACUGGUGUAUUUUAACCAUUGAGGACUGCCAAUCUUAUUGUAUGCAUAUUUUCUCAUUCUAUAGAAUUUGAUGUUUCAAAUAUAUUUGUACAAAAAACCAUUUUGAAAUUGAGAUUUUUUUUUCACAAACUGCAGUUUCAACAGCAAUUCCUGUGAACACUGGUGGAUUUUAACCACCGAGGGUCAGCUAUAAAGACUGCCCUCAUUUAGUGUUCUUAUUCAACAGGUAAAUGCCGCCAAUCUCACAGUACUGAAAAAAUAUACAUAGUUUAGACACCAUGUUAGUUUCAUGUGUUCUCCACACCAUACAGAUCAAACAGUAAAAUAAUGAAAUGAAUUUUGGAUUUGCCCUUUGCAAGAUUUUAAUGUAUUGAAUAAAUUUUUAGAUCAUUAAAGUGUCCUGUUUUGUGGUUAUGUUUUUGAAAGUUAUUCAUUCUAAAUGUUAUUCUAAUAUCAGUUCAUGGACUUUCUUUAUUCAUGAAAAAUUAUGGAAUUAGGAGAUUACAGUACCAUCACGAUGUUGACAUUUUCACUAAAAAAUAGGAGGGGAAGAAACGAAUUUGUAUAAACAAAAUAUUAUUUACUGUAUUUUGGUACAUACGCUAGUCUGUCAAAAAGUAUUAUUAGUUUUCUAAUGCAUAUUUAGCUGAUAUAUAGCAAUGGUGAGCGUAUUGACUAUUGCAAAACUCUUGUGAUAAAGCUUUCUAUAAUUUACCAGUUCCCUAGUUACUUAAUAGCAAAAAAAAAACUUAGGCGCUUUAAUAGAUGUUGCGAUUUGUUAGAUAUAGCAAAUUUUAUAUAAAACAAUAUUUAACCUUUUAGGGGUUUUUUGGUCAAGAAAUUACAUUUAUUAUAAAACAGUAUUUAAAUGUUUUAUGUAUGAUAAAUUUGUUUGGUGCAAUUUCCAUGUACUUUUAUUUGUUAAUAUGAAAUGCAUUGUUAUUAAGUUUGUAGAAUAUGUCAAUAAAAUUGGAAAUCAUCAAGUUGCUUAUUCAAAAA